GUAACAGACAGUCGCCAGACCUGGUGGUCACAGUCACCCCUCUACCUCUGGUCCACUUUACAGAAAAACGCAUUCAUUCUUCAGUUAGGAAUAUGGAUGCUCGAAUCUGGACAUUGAUACUCCUGUGCUGUAUCUCUACGCUACACGCCCAGACUGUCAACUCAACCCACGGACUGAUCAGGGGACGAACAACAACAGUUUUAGGGAAACCAGUUCACGUAUUUCACGGAAUACCAUUCGCCAAACCACCAAUUAAUACUCUACGGUUUAAACAUCCACUUCCGGUAGAACCGUGGUACCCGGAAGUUAAAAACGCAACCACACAAAAGGCUUCUUGUUAUCAGGACAUACCAAACAAACUAAACCCUCUGGAACAAUUACCGUUAUUGGUGAGCGAGGACUGUCUCUAUCUCAACAUCUUUGCUCCCCCAUCCUCCCCACACGGUGCCCCGAAGGCCGUCAUGGUGUGGCUUUAUGGCGGAGGAUUCUCAAGCGGCUCCAUCAACGCACCGAUGUUUGACGGGAGGAUUCUCGCCUCCGUCAACGACGUCGUGGUGGUGACCGUCAACUACCGCCUUGGUGUUCUGGGGUUUCUGUACCUUGACGCCAACACUGUCCCAGGGAACAUGGGCCUCAUGGACCAGAGACUUGCUAUCAAAUGGGUGUAUGAGAACAGCCAUAACUUUGGCGGAGAUUCCAGCAGGAUUACCAUAUUUGGACAGAGCGCUGGUGGUGGAUCAGUGAGCCAUCACUUAUUAUCUCCCCUUUCCCAGCCGUUCUUCACGUCAGCCAUCAUUGAAAGCGGAUCGCCGUUAACGUCAUGGGAUCUUCUCACGGACAGAGAAGCCAAAACAAACGCGAACGCCAUUGCCAAAAAGGCAAAGUGUAGCUCCAUGCGUACAAAUGUGGAAAUAUAUGAGUGUCUGAAUAAUCAAAAAGCCGGAGAUCUGGUUAACCUUCAGAAUGGCUUGGUCGAAGGCGCCAACGUUGCGUUCGGGCCGGUAGUGGACGGCAGCUUCCUUCCUGACCGACCGCUCGCCAUUUUGGAAAAAGGAGCAGUGAAGAACGCCAGCGUCCUGCUGGGGGUAAAUCAGAAUGAGGGGGCGCUGUUCCUGUACUACGGACAUCCAGCCGUGUUUAAAUGGCAGGAUAACCUUUCCAUUUCGGAUGCGGAGUUCAUGGCUGACCUUGACGCUCAAGGAAAGACACAGGGUGGGUCGAACAUGACCGUGAGGAGUCUCUAUCAGGAGUAUGUCCUGUCUCGCGUGGAGUCUGAGCGAGACUAUGUGAGUAUCGCUGACGAAGUCCUCGGAGACUAUGUUUUCAAGUGUCCCGUCACGAGGUUUGCUGGUUUCCUGGCUACGUCAAAUCCAACAUAUUUGUACUCAUUCAACCAUAGACUGCAGUCAGCUACAGUACCAAAGUGGAUGGGGGUCAAGCACGGGGGUGAGCUGCCGUUAGUCUGGGGUCACGCCCUUGACCCUAAUGUUAACUUGACGUUUACAGACGACGAGAAGACGUUAAGUCGGGUUAUGAUGUCAUAUUGGACCAACUUCGCAAAAUUCGGGAAUCCAAAUGGUGAAAACAGCAGCCUUACACAGUGGCCCCGCUUUGAUACUAUGCACGAGCGCUACCUCCAGCUGGACGUUGGAAGUAACCUAGCAACCAGCCAGGGAUUACGGCGGAGACAGUGCGUGUUUCUGUAUCAGACAGUACCUCUGGUGGCGUCCCUUGAGAAACAUACCUCUAAAGCCGACACAACCAGCGAGCCCUGCAUCCCUCCUGUGGGUGGACAAGCAAGGCCGACACCAACCCACACCGUCUUCACAACCGCAUUAUUAGUUGUGUGGAUAGCAGCACAAAUAUAUUAUUAGUUGCGUACAGAGAGACACCGAGCACACACUUCGUGUCACACCGGAAGCCAAUACAGGAACGUUUAGCUGGGUUUUUUAGUCUGUAUUUUUUUGUUAUUUUGAGUGUGUGUGUGUGUGUUUUGUUUGCUUUGUUGUUGUUUUUCGUGUGCGUGUUUUAUUUGUG